AUUUGGAUAUGUUCGUCCGCCGCACUUUUUCCAUGUACAUUGGGCCGCGUACCUACUUUAGGAAAUGUAUACCAUUGCAGUCCAUCGCUUCACAACAAACAAUCUGAACAAAAAGUGAGAGAGAGAGAGAGAGAGAGAGAGAGAGAGAGAUUUUAAUUUAAUCUACGCAUCUUUCUAUCUUCAUUAUUUCCUUUGGGUGCUCUCCGAAAAAGGGUGUGAAGAAAGUUGAUCAAUUGAAUGUACAGGAGUAGCAGUUGCUAAGGAAAUAUAAUCAGGAUACAUCCAUGGCUGCCAAGAGACCCUUGCAGAUUAUCUUCAACAGAAUUUACAGGGGCAAUAGCUGUAGGAGCUUCGGCGUUCUAUCUGAAAACACCAUGCCUUCCUCCUCAUCUCAGAACCUCAUCGACUUGGAAUAUCAACGCAGUGCCCACAACUACCACCCGAUUCCUGUAGUAUUCUCUAAAGCAAAGGGGUCAUCUAUAUGGGAUCCGGAAGGCAACAAGUACCUUGAUUUCCUAUCAGCGUACUCUGCAGUUAAUCAGGGACAUUGCCAUCCAAAGGUGCUUAAAGCAUUAACAGAACAAGCAGAAAGGCUAACUCUUAGCUCCAGAGCCUUCUAUAAUGACAGAUUUCCGCUGUUUGCGGACCAUCUAACAAGCAUGUUUGGAUAUGAGAUGGUCCUACCCAUGAAUACUGGUGCCGAAGGUGUAGAAACAGCUUUGAAGUUAGCAAGAAAAUGGGGCUAUGAGAAGAAAAAAAUCCCCAAAGAUGAGGCAAUCAUUGUUUCAUGUUGUGGCUGCUUUCAUGGCCGUACAUUGGCUGUUAUUUCUAUGAGCUGUGACAAUGAGGCUACUCGUGGUUUUGGGCCCUUGUUACCUGGUCACCUUAAAGUUGAUUUUGGUGAUGAAGUUGCUCUUGAGAAGAUCUUUAAAGUACAUGGCGAUCAGAUAGCUGGAUUUCUAUUUGAACCUAUCCAGGGAGAGGCAGGGGUUAUUAUUCCUCCAGACGGUUAUCUAAAAGCUGUGAGAGAUCUUUGCUCAAAGUAUAACAUACUAAUGAUCGCUGAUGAGAUUCAAACUGGAUUGGCGAGGACUGGAAGAAUGCUAGCUUGUGAUUGGGAAGAAGUUCGUCCAGAUGUCGUAAUUCUGGGAAAGGCAUUAGGUGGAGGAGUGAUACCUGUCAGUGCAGUGCUAGCAGACAAAGAUGUUAUGCUGUGCAUUCAGCCGGGAGAGCAUGGAAGCACCUUUGGCGGAAAUCCUUUGGCCAGUGCAGUUGCUGUUGCCUCAUUAGAUGUGAUCAGGGAGGAGGGACUUGCCGAGAGAUCUGCUCAAAUGGGACAGGAGCUUAGGCAGCUCCUUAUAAAGGUUCAGCAGCAAUUUCCCAACGUAAUAAAGGAAGUCCGUGGAAAAGGUUUAUUCAAUGCUGUGGAGCUGAACAGCCAGACUUUGUCCUCUGUCUCGGCUUAUGAUAUAUGUAUAAAGUUAAAGGAAAGAGGAGUUCUGGCAAAGCCUACUCAUGAUACCAUUAUCCGACUGACUCCUCCCCUUUGUAUGAGCCUGAAUGAGCUUGAAGAAGGCGCAAAGGUGCUGCACGAUGUUUUGAAACUUGAUGUACCAAAGAUGCAGAAGGAGAAACCAGAAACAGUCUCCCCACCAGCCAUUAAUGCAUGUGACCGUUGUGGGCGGACUUUGUAGGUGCAUCACUUCGGAUUACGACCAUAUCGCCACUCAUCUAUGCUUCUAUGAUGUCCUCGCGUAGGGUAAUGAAGAACUGACAUCCGUAACCCUUAUUAUCUUCUAGAAUAAAUUUAUACAGAGCUCUGUUCACUGUACUCUGGAUGUUAACUCAUUUUUCAUUUGUCAAGCAUGUAAGCUUUCUCACCAUCAAAAGAGCAAAAAAUGAACAAUAUUGUUCGAUUAUCUGUUGUCAAAAAACGAGCAGGCGCAAGCAGUGAAUUUCCAUGCGUAUGUUAUUGCACGAGUGAAACCUUCUUAGUUUCGAA